AUGGCUACUCGAAGUGUUGUUAUGUAUCAUUUUGAAAUUUCUAAGAAAGUAAAUAAAAGAAUUCAAUUUUAUGGAAAAUCAAUAACUGCAAGUGAAGUAAUUGGUGAAAUUCUUAAACAACGUAAAGACUCAUUUGAUAGAGAUGAAUUGCAUAUUUUUGAUGUACAAACAGGACAUGAGUAUGUAGGAAGUGAUCCAAUAACUAAAAAUACUUAUUUAUGUGUCAAACGACUUCCUCGUUCAGCUCGACAAAUGGUAAUGAAAAAAAUUCGUAAAAUUGAUUCGUCUAUUAAACCUACUAAACCACUUCCCAUAACAUUAGAACAACCAAUUGUUUUAACUGAGGAACAAAUUGCUAAGAAAAAAGCAGAAGAAGAAAAGAAAAAAAUUGGAAAUGAGAAGAACUCAUUACUCUGUGAAUGUGGUAAUUUACUUAAAGGUGCUGUUAUUUGUUUAAAUUGUGGUGAUACAAUUUGUGAAAAAUGUCUUGAAAAAGGUGUUUGUCCUUCUUGUAAUGAAGAAGUAAAUGAAGACAACACCUCUCCUAAACAAGAGGUGAGAGAUUGUGUUGAAGAAUUCAUAAAGAAAUAUCCUGAUUUUGUAGAGAAUUGA